AACGCCGCCACUAAACCCCAGUUCCCCGACUUCUCUUUCUCGCUUCCCCUUUGGAUUUCCCUCUCGACUUCCCACCUCCGUCUCCGCCGACGCCGCCGCCGACGAGGAACUCGACGAGGAGAGGAAAUGGCCGCCUUGGCCUGAUCGCCCCUCGGAGCUGCUGGGAUUGAUUGGGUUCUGUCAUCUAGGGUUGCGAAUUCGGUGUUUUUUUUGUUUCUAGGGUUUCUAUGGCGUCCGAGGACGUUGUGGGGAAGAGCACGGGGGAGUCGGCGGUGAACACGAUCGUGAACCUUGCUGAGGAGGCGAAGCUUGCUAGAGAGAAUGUUAAGGCUCCUCAGUAUGCGAUCGCGAGCGUUCUCAGGUCGCUCAUCGCUGGUGGUGUCGCUGGCGGAGUGUCGCGGACUGCUGUUGCCCCACUUGAGAGGUUAAAAAUCUUGCUUCAGGUCCAAAAUCCUCAUAGCAUCAAGUAUAGUGGAACCAUGCAAGGCCUCAAGUAUAUUUGGAGAACUGAAGGUUUUACUGGAUUAUUCAAAGGCAAUGGUACCAACUGUGCACGAAUAGUUCCAAAUUCAGCUGUGAAAUUCUUUAGUUAUGAGCGUGCCUCCAGCGGGAUUUUAUGGCUUUACCGUCAGCAGACUGGCAAUGAGGAUGCUCAGCUUACACCUGUAUUGCGUCUUGGGGCUGGAGCGUGUGCUGGAAUUAUUGCAAUGUCUGCCACUUAUCCUAUGGAUAUGGUACGGGGCAGGAUAACUGUUCAGACCGAGAAGUCUCCUUAUCAGUAUAGUGGUAUGUUUCACGCCUUACGGACAGUCUUUCGGGAAGAAGGCUUUCGUGCUUUGUACAAAGGCUGGCUUCCUUCAGUUAUAGGAGUUAUUCCAUAUGUUGGUCUCAACUUUGCCGUGUAUGAAUCUCUGAAAGAUUGGUUGGUCAAAAAUAAUCCAUACGGAAUAGUUGAUAAUGGAGAGUUGAGUAUGGUGACAAAGCUUGCUUGUGGAGCUGCUGCCGGAACUGUUGGCCAGACCGUUGCCUAUCCACUUGAUGUCAUUCGGAGACGUAUGCAGAUGGUGGGUUGGAACCAUGCUGCUUCUGUUAUAACAGGUCAAGGUAUGAGCAAAGCACCAAUGGAAUACUCGGGAAUGAUUGAUGCUUUUAGGAAGACAGUGCGCCAUGAGGGUUUCCGAGCUCUGUACAAGGGUCUAGUUCCAAACUCUGUCAAGGUGGUGCCAUCCAUCGCCAUUGCCUUCGUGUCGUAUGAAGGUAUUAAGGAUAUCCUUGGAGCAGAAAUGAGAAUCUCCGAUUAAUCAAUGCGCAGCUGAGCUGACUGUUAUUUUUGUAGGUGGAUGAGUAAAAGUAAAAAAAAAAAAAGAAAGAAAGAAAGUGAAUAGGAUAGAUGUUCAGUGUGGUGCCAGUAUUAUUACAUAAUAUAUUUAUGGCUGAACAUCUAGUUUCUACUCAUUAGUUUCAAAGCAAUAAAUUGGCUGCAACUCAGGGUGUUAAAUUCCCUAGAUUGAAAUUAUUUUAACAAAUUGUGGUUGUUAUUGAGAUUGUAUUAUAAAUCUCUUUAAUGCUCAACUCUGUUUUUAGGGUUUUUGUGUGCCA